AUGGUACAAUCUUGUGGGCUCUCAGAGAUUGGUAAUCCGCUAAGCAGUCCCAUAUCUAAUGCGAUAAACCCGUGUUUCAUUGCUGCUAUUUCAUUAAUUAGCAGCUUUGUUCUUGCUAUUGUAGCAUUGAGCCAAAUUGUCCACCUUUUAUUUGGCAACUAUUACGGACCCUUCAAGAUCGAAUACAGUUUCGGUCGUCCCUUCAAACUACAAAGUGUGGGGGUCUUCCAGCUCCUAAAAUUGAAUUUGGUGGUGAUUCAGUUAGUCUUGUAUAUUCUUUUGGUGUUAAACUUGCCAGGUUGGAGCUUGUUAUCGUGCUCAUUGAUUAUUGAUGUACUCUUACUUGGAGGGAUCAUCUUGCCAUUGCAGAUCAUUGAGCCAACGAGAAGUGUAGUCGCAUUGGCAGCGCCUUCCUUGUACUGGUCAACCCAAGUCGUUUUCGCUUUUGUUGUGUCACUUCAAGACAACCUAUCCAAUGUAAAGAUAUUCAAUUACAGUUUGGUAUCUCAGGUCGCUGAGCUUUGCCUUUUCACGAAUGCAACAUUGAUUUUAGUGUUUGAAGUAGGUUUGUUUUCUCCUAGUUUGGAACUUAAGCAGUACUACGAGUUAAAUGACUGGAAUAUUGAUACGGUCCACAACUUCUGGUCUGAGAUCACAUUUAGGUGGCUAGACCCCACAAUCAGAAAGAUCUAUGAAAAUCAAACAAUUGACGCUGAAGGUACGCCACCAUUACAUUACGAACAAAAUUGUCUAUACACCUAUGACAAAACAUUGAACAAGUGGAACACCGCAAAGGAACACCAUGGUAAAAAGUCAUUAUUCAGGGUCUACCUUUCCUUAUAUUCCAGGAACUUGCUAUUGAUGCUAAUCAUGGAGUGGAUUGCAAUAGCGUCAAACUUAGGACAAGCGUUCUUGUUGCAACAAUUCAUCGUUUACUUUGGCAGUGAAGAUCGAAAACCUCCAGUUGUUGGACUCUCCAUAGCCACAGCAAUUUUCUUUUGUUCUGUUGGUAAAUACACCUCAAUGAACCGAUUUGCAGCAAUUCAUUUUCGCAUUAGAUCGCAGGUGUAUUCUUCAUUGGGUACUUUUGUUUACAGAAAAGCCGUCAACCUUUCUGCCGAAGCAAGAAAGAACAAAAACAGCGGAGAGGUAAUCAACAAUUUAGCUGUCGAUGUGACCAAAAUAUCUCAAUUGGCAAUGUAUGCAUUUGUGGUGAAUUUACCCUUUAGAUUGUUGAUUGGCAUUUGGGCUUUGUACAGGUUGCUCGGAGUUUCUGCAUUGUUUGGAUUUGCCACCGCAGUGGUUCUAGUCCCAUUGAGUAGCAAGAUCAGCACAUCAAUUUCAGGUCUUGUCAAAAAGAACAUGAAAAUCAGGGAUGAAAGGUUGAAAUUGACAUCGGAGAUUUUGCAGUCAAUCAAAAGUAUCAAGCUUUAUGCCUGGGAACAGCCAAUGUUGAAAAGACUUUUCAGUAUAAGAAAUGAUAAAGAGUUGAUAAUGGCUAAACAAAUUGGCCAUUUCAAUGCCUUUUCCAUGUUCUUGUGGAAUACAAUUCCCUUUGCAAUAACAAUCACAUGUUUAAUCUCCUUUGUCAAACUCACACAGAUCUCCUUAAUUCCAUCAAUUAUCUUUCCAGCUUUGUCGUUGUUUGACUUCUUGACUGAACCGAUUAUGCAACUUCCUGAUGCAAUUGUUGCAAUAGUCGAAGCAACUAACUGUUUUGGUAGAUUGGACGAAUUCUUCUCCAUGAAGGAAAAAAAGUCUGAGGUGGUCAGGUUGAGCAAACCGGCAUUGCCUAAUGAUGUGACUGUUUCGGUGAAGAAUGCAACGUUUUCUUGGGAUCUGGAAAAUGUCGCCUUAACCGACAUCGAUCUCAAUGCCAGGAGCGGCCAGCUCACAUGCAUUGUAGGGAAAGUGGGCACUGGAAAAACUGCUCUAAUCAAGGCGAUUUUAGGAGAGGUUCCAAUCUCCAAAGGUUCGGUUGAGGUGAAUGGAUCCAUCGCUUAUUGCUCUCAACAACCAUGGAUUCAAAAUGCAACCGUAAGGGAAAACAUUCUCUUUGGAAGCAAGUUUGAUGAGAGAUUUUAUAACAAAGUUGUUGCCUCAUGUCAAUUGGCGGUAGACCUAGAAAUUCUACCAGAAGGAGAUGCCACGAUUGUGGGUGAAAAGGGAAUUGCUCUUAGUGGUGGACAAAAAGCAAGAAUAUCACUAGCUCGAGCUGUGUAUUCCAAAGCCGAUAUUUAUUUAUUAGAUGACGUACUUUCCGCUGUUGAUGCACAUGUUGGUAAAAGUAUCAUACGCGAUGUUGUGAGAGGGGUGUUGUCAGACAAGACAGUCAUCUUGGCCACCAAUUCCAUUAAUGUUUUGCGAUACUCUCUGGAAAUUGUGUUGCUACAAGCUGGUAAAGUCGCAGAGAGGGGUAGCUACAAGGAAGUCAUGGAGAGGGGUCUGGACCUAGCUAGGCUUAUCAACCAACAUAGUAAUGAGGUGGCACAUCAAGAGGAGGCGCCCAACAGAAGAUCCAGUGUUGUAUCCAACAAAAGUGUGAAUGAAGUCGACGAAGUGGACAAAAAGGUAAACAAACCAGAUAUAAGAGAAUCUAGAGCCAAGGGUAACGUGAAAUUAAGCGUGUACCUCGAGUACUUCAAAGCAUGCAACUUCCCCAUGAUCAUUUUGUAUGUGUUUAUCUACGCCGGAAAUGUUACAUGUAAUAUUGGAGCAAAUUAUAUUCUCAAGUACUGGUCAGAAGUCAACUUAGCUAAGGGACACAACACUUCAGUACUGUUUUACCUCACGAUCUAUGCUAUAACAGGCAUUGCUGGUGCAGCAUGUAUGCUCGCUGCAGCUUUAAUUAUGUGGAGCUACUGUGUCAUUAGAGGAUCAAGAUAUUUCCAUGAUAAAAUGGCAAGGUCAGUAUUACGUAGCCCUAUGCAAUUUUUUGAAACCACCCCCAUCGGACGUAUUUUAAAUAGGUUUGCUGAUGAUAUGAAUGUUGUUGACCAGCAGCUUAUUUGGUCUAUUUUGGCAGUUAUUGAUUACGGUUUAUUAGCAAUUGGAGUUCUUUCUGUGGUGGUGUUCAACCUCCCCAUAAUGAUUGUGGUUAUAUUGAUCCUUAUGGCUAUUUUCAACAGAAUUAGGGUGUUUUACAUUCCAUCGACACGUGAGCUCAAGAGGUUGGUGAGCACAUGCAGGAGUCCCUUAUUUUCACACUUGCUGGAGUCAGUAAAUGGUGUUGAAACUAUUCGAGCUUUUGGACAACAAGGAAAGUUUAGUGAAGUUAAUGACAAGAUUACAAACAGAUUUAUUCGAGUCCACUACACCAUGUUGUCUUGUAACAGAUGGUUAUCGAUGAGGUUGCAGACUAUAUCAGCUGUCAUUCUUUACUCCUCGUCGCUAUUCAUUUUAGCUACUUUGGGUACAUCGCACGAGUUGAGCUCUGGUCUAGUUGGUUUUGUUUUGGUGAAUGCAUUGAGCAUCAGUAAUGCUCUUAGUAUGAUUAUUAGAGGGUGGGCCGACAUCGAAACAAGAUCUGUGUCGUUAGAAAGAGUCAUUGAAUAUUGUGGUUUGAAACCUGAGGCGGCUGACAUUGUGAAGGAGUAUCGCCCACCCACCAAGUGGCCCGCAAAGGGUGAAAUACUGUUCCAAAACUAUUACACAAAGUAUAGAGAGGACCUUGAACCCGUGUUAAAAGAUAUCAAUGUCAGUAUCAAACUGCAUGAGAAAAUUGGGGUAGUUGGCAGAACCGGUGCAGGCAAAUCAACCUUGACAAUGGCGUUGUUUCGUAUCGUUGAAGCAACAUCGGGAUACAUUGUACUUGAUUCGGAAAUCACAGACAGACUUGGCCUCUACGACUUGCGAAGCCUGUUGAAUAUCAUUCCACAAGACUCUAAUGUUGUUGAAGGAACAGUACGUGACAAUUUGGACCCUUUGAAUAAGCACACUGAUGAAGAGUUGUGGGAUGUACUAAGAUUAGCCCAUUUGAAAGAACACGUUGAGCAAUUGGUUAGCAAACAUGGCCACGAAGAGAAAGUUGGUCUUGGAGCAAUGAUAUUUGAAGGAGGGUCGAAUUUGUCAGCAGGACAACGUCAAUUACUCUCCUUGGCUCGAGCAUUAUUGAACAAAUCUAAUGUCUUAGUUUUGGAUGAAGCAACUGCUUCGAUCGAUGUGGAAACUGACAGAAUUGUUCAAAAUACAAUCAGAACUGAAUUCAAGGACAAAACAAUCUUGACAAUUGCACAUAGAUUGGAGACUAUAUCCGAUAGUGACAAAGUAUUGGUUCUUGAUAAAGGUGAAGUGAAGGAGUUUGAUUCACCUGCCAAUUUGUUGAAUGAUAAAGGCUCAAUGUAUCGUGCAUUAUGUGAGGAAGGUGGAUUGAUGCGCAAGUAG